GCCCCCAAAGCACGCACGCACAAGAGUUGUAUGAAAUGACGUGGAAUUUGUAACUUGCUUACAAGCGCGAUAUCAAAGUGCGCAUGAUUUCGAGAGUAUUUAAUAAAACGAGCUACUGUAGUCUUUAUUGAAGUUUCAAGUUUAAAUGUGCUUAUAGUCAUAGUUUGCUACAAAACAUGAUUGUUUCUAGUGUCAGUUAGCUAACAGUAGCUUCUGCUAACUACGACAACUAAAUUGAGAAGAGUUCACGGAAGCAGAGCUAGCUAGCCCAAGUGACAGAGCUCCUACUAGCGAGGAUCUUCUGGUUCUCUAUCGAUAGCUACGUUAUAUGGCUACAACAAGAUGACUUCAACAACCACUUCGACGGGAACGUCUUGACUGGACUCGAGACGUGUCACUGAUUAGCCAAUGAUUGACACGGUGUUGAAGCGAAUGCUCAUCAGUAGUUUGUUAGCUAGCAUGCUAGGUAGCUACUUCCAACGACGCCGGAGCCCGUAUUUAUAAGCCUACCCAGUUAAGUGGUUUGCGCUCGAGACUAACGUUAGUUAGCUGUAGUUGAAGCUAACUAGCUGGUUGUAUUGUAAGGACAAGAGCAAGCUGUCAAGAUGGGUUCGUUGUUCCGAAGUGAAGAGAUGUGUUUGGCCCAGAUGUUUCUGCAGUCUGGAUCGGCAUACGACUGCAUUAGCGAACUGGGAGAAAUGGGUCUGGUGGAAUUCAGAGACCUCAACCCCAGCGUAAACCUAUUCCAGCGGAAGUUUGUCACUGAGAUAAAACGAUGUGAGGAAAUGGAGAGAAUUCUAGGGUACCUUCUAAGGGAAAUCAAGAGAGCAGACAUCCCACUUCCAGAGGGAGAAGUGAACCCGAUUGCACCCCAGCCCAAGCAUGUCCUGGUUAUAAUGGAGCAGUUGCAGAGGCUGGAGGUGGAGCUGAGCGAGGUGACCAGGAAUAAGGAGAAGCUACAGAAGAACCUCCUGGAGCUGACCGAGUACACACACAUGCUGCGUAUCACACGCAACUUUGUGCACCGCAACACUGAACGUGAGCCCCUGCACGCACAGCAUGAGGAGUUCUCCUUCCUAGAGGACUCCAUGAUGGAGUACACUAGCAUGCAGCGGCUAGGAGCCAAACUAGGGUUUAUAUCAGGGCUGAUUCAGAGGGUGAAGAUAGAGGCCUUUGAGCGCAUGCUGUGGAGAGUGUGUAAGGGCUACACCAUUCUUAGCUACUCUGAGAUUGAUGAGUAUUUGGAGGACCCUGACACGGGUGAGCCAACCAAGAGUGUGGUGUUCCUCAUCUCUUAUUGGGGUGAGCAGAUCGGACAGAAAGUCAAGAAGAUCUGUGACUGCUACCACUGUCAUGUGUAUCCAUACCCUAACAGCAAUGAGGAGAGGAAUGACGUUGUGGAGGGACUCAGGACUCGCAUCCAGGACCUGCACACUGUUCUCCAUAGGACAGAAGACUACCUGAGACAGGUGUUGAACAAGGCCUCUGAGUCUGUCUACACCUGGGUCAUCCAGGUCAAGAAGAUGAAGUCCAUCUACUACAUCCUCAACCUGUGCAGCUUUGACGUCACUAACAAGUGUCUGAUAGCUGAGGUGUGGUGCCCUGUCAACGACCUGCCGACCCUGCGGCGGGCGCUAGAGGAAGGAUCGAGGAAAAGUGGAGCCACAGUGCCUUCUUUUGUCAACCGUAUCCCCAGCAACGACACUCCGCCCACCCUGAUAAGGACCAACAAGUUCACCUCAGGCUUCCAGAGCAUAGUGGAGGCCUAUGGAGUGGGAAACUAUAGAGAGGUUAACCCAGCUCCUUACACAGUCAUCACCUUCCCCUUCCUGUUUGCUGUGAUGUUUGGAGACCUGGGCCAUGGUAUGAUCAUGGCUCUGUUUGCUCUCUGGAUGGUGCUGUAUGAGGACAACCGCAAACUGAAGCGCACAAGAAACGAGAUCUGGAACACGUUCUUCGAGGGCCGUUACAUCAUCCUGAUGAUGGGCUUGUUCUCGGUCUAUACCGGCCUCAUCUACAACGACUGCUUUUCCAAGUCUCUCAACAUCUUUGGCUCUGGCUGGAGUGUCAAAGCCAUGUUUAAAUCUGGAAAUUGGACUUGGGAUUCCACGCUCCGCACCAAUGCCUUUCUGACCCUUGAUCCCAUUGUCCCUGGGGUUUUCAAUGGACCCUACCCUUUGGGCAUUGACCCGAUUUGGAACUUGGCGUUAAAUCGUCUGACCUUUCUGAACUCCUACAAGAUGAAGAUGUCUGUGAUUGUGGGUAUCAUUCACAUGAGCUUCGGGGUCAUCCUAGGUGUCUUCAACCACUUACACUUCAGAAAGAGGUUCAACCUGUACUUAGUAUUCCUCCCGGAGCUGCUGUUCCUGCUGUGUCUAUUUGGCUACCUGGUCUUCAUGAUCAUCUACAAGUGGCUGGCCUUCUCUGCCCGUGACUCCCAGAUGGCCCCCAGCAUCCUCAUCCACUUCAUCAACAUGUUCCUCAUGCAGGGGGACGGGGUGCCGCCCCUCUUCCCAGGACAGGUUGGGCUGCAGGUGUUCCUGGUGGUAAUUGCUCUACUAUCAGUGCCUGUCUUACUGCUGGGGAAACCAGUUUACCUCUACUUGCUGCACAAUGGAGGAGCCAACCUCAUGGGAAUGUACAGGGGUUAUGAGCGUGUGCGGCGGCACAGCGAGGAAGAGCUUUCCCUGAUGAGGGCUCAUGACAUGGAGGAGGGCAGUGUCCACAAUGACCUCUCCACUAGCAGAGAUCAGCAGAAAGAGGAGUUUGACUUUGGGGAUGUGUUCCUGCACCAGUCUAUUCACACCAUAGAGUACUGCCUGGGCUGCAUCUCCAACACAGCCUCCUACCUGCGCCUCUGGGCUCUGAGUCUGGCACAUGCCCAGCUGUCAGAGGUGCUGUGGUCCAUGGUGAUGCGGGUGGGCCUGCGGAUGGACACCAGUCUGGGCAUCAUGUUUCUGGUGCCAGUGUUUGGGAUAUUCGCUGUGCUCACUGUGUCUAUCCUCCUGGUUAUGGAGGGACUGUCUGCCUUCCUCCAUGCUCUCAGGCUGCACUGGGUGGAGUUCCAAAAUAAGUUCUACAGUGGGACCGGAAUCAAGUUUGUUCCCUUUGCCUUCUCCCUCCUGCCCUCUAGCUUUGAACAUGAUGGCUUGCUGUGAAUGGGACACAAUGCUCCCGCCCUCUGAGGCAAACUGCCACAAUGUACCAGCAGGAUCCAGUGCUAUUGAGCUAGCCUGCGUACCAGUCUCUUUGUGCCAUCAUGCCACUCCUUUUCAUGCCAAACAUGAUCAUCUACAAGUGGCUGGCCUUCUCUGCCCGCGACAUGUGAUGGCACAAAACAAUUGGUACCCUAACUACUAUUGAGCCUCAUCGAUGUACAGUUCAAUUUCAUAGUGUUUUUUAAUACUAUUUGUUGUACUGACUGCCUUACAUAUGUACAAACAAAUGUCAACAUAUCAUGCUCUAUUUUCAAUUGAAUGAUAUUCUGGGUUACCAAAACUUUGCAAAGAAAAGCCUCAUUCAGUCUUGGUUGAAAAUGAGAAGUAUUUUUAGAUGAAUGUAGGAGCGGGAUGUACAUUUUAUUUUAUAAAAAUAAAGUUGGAAUGAGAGUUUAGCAUUU